AUGACCGACUUUGGCUUCAACUUUCUCGGGAAUGUGCUCAACAUCAAAUGGAAGCGCCAUGGCUACUUCCGUCGGUUUGCUCUGAACUAUGAGCUAGAUAAGAUCUUCGAGGCGUUGAUGAAGAAGUGUGACGAGCUGGUGCCCACCAAUGACUUUGGUCUUGCUUGGAUCGAUGAAGAGGGCGAUCCUAUUUGUAUCAAUUCGGAGGCUGACAUUUUGCUUGCAAUUCAAGGAAUGAAUGCCCAACUGCUUCGCAUUCAUUCGAUCCAAAAGGAUAAAACACCUCGUCCGCCAGUUGAGGGCAAUCGCUCUUCCCAGAUCGCGACUUCUAAA